CUGCAAACAAACGAAACCGCCUCUCUCCCGGAGCAAAGAGGCGGAUGAAGCGGAGACAAAAGCCGGAGUAAAGGGUGUGAAACGUGGUUAUUAAGCGUAGAAGCAAGCAGCAGAAACUUUUUUUUCCUUUGUAAAGAGAACAAGUCGUGCGAUUUGAGAUCCCGACAGAAGCCCACACUUCUUGAUCGGACCGAGUGCAGAGAGCUGAGAGAGACGACAGCAGGCAUCUGGUAGAUGGAGAGAAAAUGGAGGUGAACAGAAGAGAGGUGCCUCUGUAUGGACAGGUGGAGGCCCAUGUAAGGUUACAAGCCAGUGUUCCUGAAGAUGCAGAGUUUUAUGUUGUUGUACAAGGCUCUGGACUUACACAUGUGACUGCAGCAAAAACAGGAGAUGAUGGGCUGACCCUUAUCUUCACAGUUCCAGGCCAUGCCCUUGCGGAAGCUGUCUCGGUUACAUCCUACUUUUACGCAGAGGACCAACUCAAGCCAUGCGAGGGUGAAGCAUAUCUUGAAUACCUCAGGGACGUUGCCCAGGAAGCAGCAGAGUACCUGAGUGCAAACAGGGACCAGCUUGGCCCCCAGAGCUACCUAGAGGUCCUGAAGAGGUUUUCCACGUGGGUGCAGGCAGCUGACGAGGAGCUCUCUGCAGUAGGGUUAGACCUCAGUGAGGAGGAUGUGCGGCUCAGACAAAGUUCAGGUGAUGAAGCUGGUCUCAGGCACCUGGAUGAGAAGAUCACACAGGCAAUGGCGAACAUGGAUUACCCUCAGCAAUGGCAAAACACUGACAGUAAACCUAGAGAAGCUGCUGAGCUUCAGCCCAAAGAAACUCUUCUACACCUUGCAGUGCGUUUGGGUUUGGUCCAUCUCUCCCGUUUUUUAAUUCACCAACCGAGAGGUCAAAGGGCACUGACCUUACCCAAUCAGGAGGGAGACACACCCCUCCAGCUGGCUCAGAAGGACGGACAGCAUGCCAUGUUCAGGAUGCUGGCAGCCCCUCCAGGUCCUGUAGUGGGCCCUGUUCCUGGUGUGUGGUGCGUGUGGUCUGACAAAUCCUGCAUGUUGAGGUUUUGUCCCGGGACAGACUCCAUGACCCUGACUGUGCGGCAAACACCCGGCAGCUGCUCUCAGGAUGACAUCAUGAUCUACCGAGACAGACUGGGAGACCAAAGCAUCCUCAAACUGAUCAAUGAGCUCAAAGCUGAUAGUGAAGUAGACAUGAGAGGCAAAGAGGAAUUACCUCCGAUCGAUGAAGGGAUUAGAAAGGAGCUCCGAGUGGAAGAGCAGACGCUGGUGGACAAUGUUUUUGAAGAACAGCUUGUUCUGUCUUUGGAUGACGACGAUGAUGUAGAAGAGUACACAUCCUUAUUAUCCGUGAAUGGGCAUCCCAUGCAGGCCAGUGGAGACCAGAUCCAGUUCACACAGUGUGCUACAGACCCUCUGCUCUCCAUGAUCAACAGCAGCGAUCAGACCACCACACAGCCGACACAGCCGGAAGAUGACAACAUCAAGUAUAGUACAAGUAAAGUCAGUGGUGUGACCAGGGACAGCACAGGAACGGACAGCGGGUUAUGGGACACUGUGGACUCAGAAGAUCUUCUGCUAGCUACUGACACUCCUCCACCCUAUUCAGAAGAUUUCUACUCUGUACCCUGCUCUCCCCCACUCUCACCUGCUGACCAAGCCCUGGUCAGGCUGAACGAUCCCGCCUCCUCUGAGCCAACCAAUCAGACAGAAAGUCUGCCCAUGGACACCUGCGAUCUCAGUCCCAGUCUAGUGGCUCUGGAAGUGGACAGUGAAGAGGAUGGCACUGAGUCAAAGUCUCCACUUUCCCCACUCCUGUCAGAUGUUGAGAAAAGUGAAGAUAAAAGGGAAACCUUUUAUCCCUCCCCUGACCUUACUUGCACUCGCAGCCAGUCUCCCUCCUCAUGUGAACCCACCAUAAAAGAAUCGGGCAACCAGGGGAUUCGACUCCGUUCGUAUUCAUACUCUUCCUCCAAAAUCAGUUUGCGUCCUGCUUGUUUUGCCCGGUACAACCACACUUCAGAUAUCAACCCUGAUGCCGUGCUCCACAGUGUCAGCCACAGCCGAUCUCUCCUUCAGGCCCUCUCUCUGUCUAAAUCUCUGUCUCUGCUCCACCCUGGUAAGCAAAGAGCCUCCAGUAUAUCAGAGCAGUCACAUGAAAAAAGGGAAAUUAGGUUCCGUAAGCGAGCCCAGUCCGCUGAUGAUGAGGGCAGCAUGGAGCUGGCAGAGUCCCUCCAACAUCUUACCCUGUCCGAGUUCCUCAAAGAAAUUGAAGAGGAGGAGUUGGACAAGUACAAUAUCCCAACAAAGGUGGAGUCAGAGAAGUACAAAGUCAUUCGUACCUUCAGUUUUCUCAAGAGCAGGAUGUCCAGUACACGCAACAAGACCAAGGGGAAGGGGAAGGACAGAGAGGCCAAGGAUAGGCAGCUGAAUGGACAUCGGCUUAACACAGGCUCCUGUUUAGGCCCCACCGUGUGUGUAGUGUGUGAAAAACCAGCAUCUGGAAAAGACCUUUUGCAUUGCUCCAGUUGCACUGCUAUUGUCCAUAAGGGCUGUAAGGAGUCUCUCCCCCCAUGUUUGAAGAAACUUCAGGAUAAGUACGCAGUUACCAUGGUGAAGAAUAGAACAGCCUCCCUGCCACAGAAUUUCACAGUGAGAGACAGUCCUCCUCAGUGUGUGAUCCCCACCUCUACCUCUCUACCUGUCAUGGCGCCUAAGGAGAGGAAAGACACUACGACCCAGUCGUGCCCCCUCUCUGGGAGUUUUCCAAACAGUGACAGUCGGCUCAGUGAGAGUUCAGAGACAGAGUCUGAUGCCUGGAAGGUGACCAGCCGAUCAGAAGAGCUCCUGCCGACUCCAUUGUCCUCCACCUCCGCUGACUCAUCCUUCGGAGAAGACUGUGUGGACACAUAUAUCAACAGUGACAUGUCGGCUGAUGCUGUGGAUUACGAGGCUGAGUCGUGGAGUCUGACAGUAGAGCACAAGUUCUGCAAGAAGCAGGACAAACGAGCUGUCAAGAGGCAGGAUGUUAUUUAUGAGCUGAUGCAGACUGAGCUUCACCACCUACAGACACUACACAUCAUGGCAGAGGUUUUUCGGCGAGGGAUGAAGGAGGAAGUGCAGCUAGAUACAGAAGCGGUGGAGCGGGUCUUCCCCUGUCUGGACCAGCUGCUUCUCUUCCACCAUGCGUUCUUUGCUGCCAUGAAGGAGCGACGACAGAGCUCAGCCCAGCCCCAUGGACACAGGAACUACCUCAUCCAGCGAAUAGGGGACGUCUUGCUCCAACAGUUUUCAGAUGAGAACAAAGAGAAAAUGAAACAGGUAUAUGGAGAUUUCUGUAGUCGUCACAAUGAAGCGGUCAGCUUUUUCAAAGAACUCCAGCAGCAUAACAAGAGAUUUCAGAUCUUCAUUAAGCAACAAGGUAAUAAUUCUUUGGUGAGACGGAGGGAGAUCCCAGAGUGCAUCUUGCUGGUAACCCAAAGGAUUACAAAGUACCCAGUGCUGCUGGAGAGGAUCCUACAAUAUACUCAAGAGGAAACAGAGGAGCAUGCGGACAUCUCGCAAGCACUGAUUCAGAUUCGAGAGGUGAUAGCAGCCGUGGACCUGAGUGUCAGUGAAUAUGAGCGGCAUCAGAGGUUACAGGAAGUGUGGAAUCGCAUGGAGAAUCGCAGCACAGCCAAACUGAAGAACGGCUACACCUUCCGCAAGCAGGACAUGAUGGGGCCGGGACAAACGCUCAAACACCAAGGCCUGCUUCUGUGGAAGACUGCUACUGGUCGACUUAAAGAUGUCCUGGCACUGCUUCUAAUAGAUACACUCAUCUUCCUGCAAGAAAAAGACCAGAAGUAUACAUUUGCCACUGUGGAUCAGAAGCCUCCAGUCGUCGCACUGCAGAAGUUAAUCGUGCGAGAAGUAGCCAAUGAAGAGAGAGGGAUGUUUUUGAUCAGCGCAUCGACCGCCGGGCCAGAAAUGUACGAGGUCCACACGUCAUCCAAAGAGGAGAGAAACACCUGGAUGAGGCUCAUUAGAGAGGCUGUAGAGAGCUGUCCGGAAGAAGAAGAGGAAUACACAAGUGAAUCUGAAGAGGAGAAGCGAGCUGCUGAGGCUCGUACUCAGAAGAUUCAAAAGUUCCAAGAGAAUCUGAUGAGCCAGGACCAGCGGAUCUGCUCCAGCCUGGAGGAGAAGCUGCAGCUCUACGCAGAGCUCUCUGCUCUGAGUGGGAGGACGGACGCUUUGCUGGUCGAACCGCGACUGCUCUUCCAGCCUCACUCAGAGGAGCUGCCACAGGCUGCCGUGUUGCUGGCUGCAGCUCUGCAAGAGGCUGAGAACCUGAAAGCCACACUGUCAUCUAGGACCUGUUCUCCAUCAAGUCACAGCCCAGACUCUGACACAGACUCUGUGUUUCCUGUCAGCCCUGCUACACUUGUACAGCCCCCCUCAGACUCUGAGGCCUCACCUGAAAACCCUGAGACCAGGGAGGGGGGUUGUACUGAGGCUCUUGUGCUUCAGUCCCCAGCUCUCUUGCAAAAAACAGGCACAAAUGACGUUGAUUUGAAGGUUGCUCAAAGUGUCCAAAGCCUGAUGCAGUUACUCUACAGUCUGCAGGCCAUGGUGACCAUCCAGGACAGCUGCUAUGAGGUCCAGAGGCUCCUCCUCCAAGAGACUGGGCGCCCUUCCCCCCGCGCCCAGCGACGGCACCUUUCAAGCAUCAGGGGUAACACCCUACAAGAACAGGAGAAGCAGCGUAACCUGGAGAAGCGGAAGGAGGAAGUGGCGGCGACUCAGCGGCUCCAGGGCCGACUACGCCAAGAAAAGGAACGCUGGGAGAGGGAGUGCCAGGCCAGGGAGAGCCAGCAGGGGGAGCAGGAGAGCAGGCUGGAGGAGAGGGAGAGGCAGUGCCACCUGGAGGCGGAGAGGCUGAGGCGCGAGAGGGAAGAGUUGGAUGAGCAGCUGGAGGAGUACCAGCAGAGCUUGGAGCGGCUCAGGGAGGGCCAGAGGAAUGUGGAGAGGGAGCGUGAACGGCUGGAGAACCAGCAAAAGCUGUUUCAGACCUGGAGCCACAGCCGGCAGAGGAGUCUACCCACUGUGAUUCCUCACAUGGUCAUCCCUCUAGAUGGGCAGCAGGACUCUGCACCGAGACAACCCAGAGACCACACUGGGAACGGCUCUAUGUUUGUGAAUGAGGCCGCCUUCACCAGCACCAGCGUCAACAACCGACACGUCCACCACAAAAGAAAUGACCCCAGCGCACACAAUUGUCUCAACACCCUGCUGGCAAGAUCCAACAGCAGACAGCCCCCUAUCGUUAAGACUCCCCAUAGUCCACGUUCAGACUCCCAGGGAUGGAUGAUGGGGACAGGAUAUCUCUACAGCCCUGCAGGAAGGCUGGAACUGCAGCACACACCCAGUGAUCACAACAGUCACAGCUACAUCAGGGAGACCUGGUCAUCAAUAGCAAGCGGAACUGACCCGUAUCCGGUGCUCCCGCAUCCCAGUGAACCUCAAUUGGACCUCAGCCCACUGGUUUCCUUGGAGACUGACAGCGGUGGGGAGGAGAGCAGUGAGGAAACCAUUGUGUACCUCUGAAUGUUGAUCCAUUUCAGACUCUAAAGAACCAGCCCAGCACAUGGGAAAAACUAAUGACAUUCAAUGAAGCAUCAGGAUUGGAUCCGGGGUGGCUCUUGUACAGUCUUUUGUCAUGCUUGUUUUUAUAUUUCAUUUUGUGGUCUUUUUUGUGUAAAGUGACCAGAGAUAAAAGAAAUGAGGUUGUUUCAGACUCAGUCUCACAUGUGUCAUGCACCUUAGCUCGAGGCAUCACUGGGUAUUAGAUGUCUCUUUAUUUUCUUGGGGUGUUUGUGUGUGUGUUUGUGGUCUUUAUUAACUGGGUCCCUGCGGCCACACCUUUCACGCUUUCCGCCAUCUCUGCUUCUUACUGUCCUUCCUUUACUGCCUUUCUUUCUCAGGUCCCACAUAUCUCGUCCCUCGAGCACUCUAUUUAUUAAAUUCACCACAGAAGGAGAAAAAAAAACACUUUCAACACUUUGUUCACUUUCAACAAAACAUCAGGCUGCAUCUCUCUAGCGGACCAUGUUUUCUGAUGGAGCAAACUGCCUCUCUGUCAUGUAUCAGACAGGGUCUGUUUAUGCACAAGCUGAGCAUAACAGUAGAAUUGAAAGAUGAGACGCGACAGCAUCAUUCCCACAUUUUUCAGACUCACUGCCUGAAACCAUCAUUUAUUUAUUUUUUAUCUGAAGCAUGCUUUUCUUGUUGACAGAAAUAAGCUGUUGUGGUUUUAAGAGGUAUGUUGCAGCCAUGCUAAUAUGUCAGUUUUAUCAGAAAGUAGAAAUUCAACAGCAAAAGCCUGACAAAGUUUUGAGCACAGCUGUUAUUGUAAAAAAGUAAAAGGAAGUCGUGGUGCAGGAAGAGGGACAGAAGGAAAACAUGUUGGGUCAAACCAUUUUAAGCACUAAUGUAAUUAUUUUACAAACAUUUCUGACUACAUUUUUGUCUUUGUGUGUCACUUUUAGUCACGCUAGCAAUAUUGCUCUACAGUCAUUCGGUCUACCACUUACUGCACCAAAAACUGCAAUACUUUGGUUUAUUACCUAAUACCUGAAAAACUAAUGUUGACAUUCCCAUCAGCCUUAGCUGUGCUUUGUGUUUAGUGGUAAUUAGCAAAUGUUAGGAUGCUAACACCCUCAACUAACAGGGUGAAAAUGGUAAACGUGCUAAAUAUGAGCAUGCUGACACUUUUAGCUCAUCAUUUAGCUCAAAGGACCACUGUGCCUUAGUAUUGCCUCACAGAACCGGUAGCUGACUGUAGACUCUCUUGUUUGAGAUUUCUGCCUGUACUUUAAAAACAUCCUAUGUUUAUUUUAUACAAGCUGUAAAGACUGGAAGAUGUUGUCCUUAAAUUAUCUUUGCAGGCACACAGAACAACCUGAAGUCGCCUUAUUCUGUCAUGCUUAAUGUUAAACUAUUACACUUGAAUAUCAAGUAGUAUAUUUACAUAUUAUCUUAAAUGGGUGUUUUUAUGUGUAAAAAGGUCUCUGUGCCAAUUCUUUAGGUGUCUUAUUUUACGGACACUAUAAAAUAUUAAUUGGUUUAAUUACUGUUGUUACUGUAGUUUCUUAAUGGGACAGUAAGGCAGUGGCAGUAUUUUGAUGUGAUUUUAGUAACAUGUAUAUAUGUUUGUGCUUUUAUUUAUUUAUUACAGUAAGAGUUUAAAUAUUGUACAGUGCUUUUUGAAGGGUUGUAUUAUACAUAGAAGUGUACCUGUGUGAACAGAUGAGCAGGUGUGUUUUUGUUCGUUGUGUUGUGUAUCCAGACAUGGCUGUAUUGAUAAAACUGCUUUUAUUGAACUCGAAA